UGAGAGGCGAGGUGUGGUUGCAGAUUUGGUGGCGUUUGGAUAAUACGCUGUAAAAUUGGCUACUUCUUCUGCAUUACAGUCAGGGUGUGUGCCAUCUAGUGCUUGUAGUUAUUGUGUGAUAGUUAUUUGGUUCUGGCUACAACAUGGAUGCACUGAAAAGAAAGGCUAAAGAAACUCAAGAGGACAUCAAACGGGCAGAGAACAAAUAUAAAGACCUGAUACGCCUCCUCAGACAAGCAGAGGAAAGGGCUAGUCUGGCUGAUGAUGAAGUGGAGGUACUUAAGCAAAGGAUCCAAAAUAAAAAGGAGGAAUUGGCAAACAGCUACAGGCAACUCAAGGAAAAGCAACAAGGUCACCAAGCCACAGAAGAGAUUGCAGAAGAGAGCGAAAAGAUCAGAAAGUCUCUUGAAUCUAAAGAAUUUGAAGUCAGUGAUGUUCUUGUCAUGCUUGAGAUAAAGGUUAGAGAUAAAAAGAGACAAGCUGAUGAAGCUGAGGAGCGUUUGGCUGAGGCAAAGGUCAGGUACAGUUGCAUGAAGUCUGAACUGAGUGAGCUUCUUGCAAGGUUGAAUACAGCUGAAUCCAAGAUUGUCAAGCUCAGCGAAGAAUCUGAUUCUACCACUGUAAGACUCAUUAAUUUAGAAUCAAAGCACAGGCGAUACUCUAAACGUGAAGAAUACUUUGAAGACAAGGUUGAGACCACAGAGCAACAAAUCAGGAAUUUGGAAACAGAGGCCAUCGCUAAUGAAGCUGAGAUCAAGAUUCUAGUGGUUCAACGGGACAGAUUGAAACAACAAGUGAACUCAUGGAAAAAGCGAGUAGCAAAUCUGUCAAGGGAACUAGAAGAUGUGAAAGCAGAUCUUAACUAUUGAUUGGUGACCAGUCAGCCAUCACAAGCAACUUGCCAAUUAAAUGUGGAUUAUCUUUGGGAAAGGAAGAUUGUAUUUGUAAUAUAUUAGAAUGAAUACCCUAGUGCUACAAGAAUGUCAGGGAUUGGGUAGUGAGCAGCUACAUAAAUGUAGAGUUUGUUUUGUGAGAACCUGUCUUAGGAAUAAUGCAAGGGAUUUCUAAGAGCAAUGCUGCAAUAGUCUUUUUUUUAAUAAUGGAUUCUUGAGAGUAUUCAUUUUAGAUGAUUAUUCUCUGUGUACAAAUAGAUUUUUCUUCUGAUCUUUUAAAAGAGAGCACAAAAUCAAUGGAUGUUCAUACAUUGAAUUGAUUCGUGGUUCUCUACAUGUUAUUUGUGGAUUUUCUUUUCCCACUUAUCUAAAGUUAGGAAGCUUCUGACUGGCAGGCCCAUAUUACUAGCAAAUAACACUUAUAUCCCAAUCAGUUAACAAGACAGAAAAAACCUUUAUCAAAGGUCAUCUUUUAAAGUAGUUCUUUAUAAUUUAGUUAGGAAGAGUUACUUUCUGGUUAAAAAAGAAUACUAAUAAUAUCAUUUAUUUGUUCUCAGAAAUUACUCUGACCAUUCAUCUUUUUAUUGAAUGAACUCCAGUUAUCCACAAUUAUGUUAGCCUGGACAACAGUUGCUGUGUAGGAAAUGAGCCCUGGUAUACUCUCCUACUGAUAGAGAUCAAUUAGUGAAUGAUAAGUAAAGUCUUUGCAUUAAAUAAGGUUGAUCCUUUAGCCAGUGAAAUUAAGUCAUAAAGUAUGACUCCUGCCCAACAGCCUUUUAAUUCUGUCAUAGAGGCUGACACAUUUACAGAUAAGCUAAACCUCUUGUAGGUUGGCUCUUAUGAGGUGUUCUUUAAUUUUUUUCCUCCUCAGGCUCAUAGGGUUAAUUCCUACAAUAGUUUCAAAGGGAAAUAAAGAGCCAUUCAUAUCAAGUCAGAAUGGUGCAUAAUUUGAAUAUGUUAAUCUUAAUGUUGGGCAAAAUUUUUUAUCUUUAGCAAUGAAACUAGGAUACUAAGCUUCAUGAGUUGAUUGGUUUUUAGGUUAGCUGUGAGAAAUUUAGUCCUUUUUCUCUGCACCCACCAUUUAUGUUUCUCUGUUUAUUAAAGUGGAUUUAGUCUUUUUUUUAACAAA